CAUCAUUAGGGCCUGCCAGGCAUAGUUAGAAUGUCGACCGAAACAUGAGAGCGGACGCAGGCUCAGUGCCGAGGUCCAAGUACCACGUCCAAGUACGUCCUGGAAGCAGAGCGAGCGAGCAUUUUGAGUUAUGGUUGACCAUCUUCGCUCCCAGCGCAUACUGCGCUGCUAUGUGUCGGCAGCGCACGAUUUGGCAAGCCCAGGGAGCCCUGCCGAGUUCUGGCAGCAAUACCGCGUGGCAGUGAAAGUGGAUUCAAGCGUUGCCUGGCAUUCCUGAGGUUAGGCUUACGCGACGGGGCAAAGCGCCGGGAGUUGGGCCGAGUUAAGCGACUGCCUCGCGUGGCACUGACCCCUGAACAGCAUAACAUAAAAAAUGGCAUAGAACAAAUCUAUUUUAUUUGCGGCUCCUGUUAAAGCUGGGGUAUCUGCUGCGACGAACCUGUGCAAGAAGCGCUCCCUUGACCUCGCCGUGACCUCAAGGCUAACACAUGAUAUUUAACGGGACGCUGUACUUGUUUCACACGACUAUGCAGGCAGUUCGGCCCAUCGGCAGCUUCAUUCCUGCACCGUCAACAUACUUGCGCCUUCUGCGGCAUAAGGAAGGAAGUUGUUAGGAAAGACACAGCCAUCGCCCCCGGAAACGGCAGAACUGUCGGGUCCGGAGCCGCAACACCGUCCACGGGCAGCGCCAGCAGCUACGCAGUAGCAACCAGCGCCAAGGCGAUGCAGCAUCAGCAGCAUCAGCCGCAGCCGCAGCAGCAGCUCUCAUACGACUGGCAUGAUUCUCAGCAGCACCUGCAGCAGCACCCGCAGCAGCACCCGCAGCAGGAGCGGCAGCCCCCCACGCUGUGGCAGGCGCAGCACGAGGAGUGGCGUCGGGAGGCGGAGGCCGAAGAGCCGCUGCAGCAGCUGCAGCCGCAGGGGCAGGGGCAGCAGCAGGCAGCGGGUCAGCAGCAGACCUACAUGCAGCAGCCGUCCCCCGAGCAGGUGGGCGACAGCAUGCAGUGGCAGCCGCAACAGCAGCAGCAGCAGCAGCCCCAACAGCAGUGCGACAAGCCGCAGCAGCAGCCGCAACAGAAAGGCCCGCGGCCCGCUGCCUCCUGCUCCGGGCCGGGAGCCGACCGCAAAGCGGUGGCUGCAACAGGCCCGGUGGCGGCGGCAGGAGCAGAUGCGUCGGCACGGGCAGCAGCAGCAGCGCCGAUUACACGCGGCCUAGCAGGCAUCGGGUUCAGCAGCCUGGCGCUAGAAAGGACCAGCGGCGUCGACUGCGGCGGUGGCGGCGACACCGCCGCCGGCGCCGACAGCCGAGCUGGGCUCAGUAACCGCGACUGCGUCGACGGCAGCGGCGGCGGGCUCGACGGCAGCGGCAGCUUUCUGUCGAUGCUGAUGCAGAUCGGUGACGAGGACGGCGACUUGCCGGUGGGGGAGCCGCUGCUGGACGGCUGGUCGCCCGCCAACGACGCUGCGGCGCGGGCGCUGGUGGAGUCGCUGCCCCCCAUGGAGCUCCUGGAGCCGCUGCCACAGCAGCAGCCGCAGCAGCAGCAGCAGCAGCAAACGCAGGCUGUAGCUGACGUGGCUUCGGCGGCUGUUGUUGCGGCCGCCGACGGCGCCGUACCCCUACCUGACAUCUUCUGCACUCUCGAGCAGCAGCAGCAGCAGCAGCAGCAGCAAGGUACGCCGGACUCGCAGCAUGCGCAGCCGCCGCGCCGGCAACAGCAGCCCGCGCCCCCGCGGCACGGACAGCAGGGGCUGCAGCAACAGUCACAGCAGCAAAAGCCGCCGGCGCCCACGGCCGUGUCGGUGGUGCACUUGGCUGCCAGGGUGCAGGCGGCGGAGGCGGCCGCCGCUGCCGCCGCGGACGCCGCCGGAUCCGCUGCCAACAGCCCUGCUUCCAUGGUCUCCGCCGUCGCCAACGUCAGCACCAGCCAAUGCCACGGCCAUGCCAGCGGCCCGCACAGCCCGCUGCUUCACAACCCAGCCGCCAAGCACGUGCACUCGCUCUCACAGCCGCAGCCGCACCCUCAGCCGCAGCCGCCGCAGCAGCACUCGGGUUCGGCGCCGCCGCAGGAGCGCGCUGGUGGCGCGGGGUCGGGCCCAGGCAACGUCGGCAGCGCGGUGGGCGGUGGCGGCGCAGGCGGUGCCGGGGGUGGCGGCGGGCAGAUGCCGCCGCCCGUCUUUGCGGCGCACUCGCAGUACCCGCAGCAGAACCCGCAGCAGUGGCAGGGCCAGGCGCAGGGCCAAGGGCAGGCGCAGGGGCAGGGCCAAGGCCAUGGGCAGGGGCAAAGCCGCAGUCAAGGCCCGCACGCGCUCACGCACGCGGCGGCGCAGGCGCAGGCGCAGGCGGGAGCAGGCGGCGGCAGCGGCAGCGCGUUCACGGGUUCCCCAGCCGGCGCGGACGACAUGACCAUGGGCUCGACGGUGGCGGCGGCGGCGGGUGGCGCCGGCAACGGUGGCGGGGCCGCCGCGGGGAUGCCAAUGGUGGGCGUCCGUGCCGUCGCGCCGCAGGACAUCGGCUUUGGCGGCGCCGGCUCCAGAUCGGACCCACACCAGCGUUUCAUGCAUCAGCAGCUGCAUCAGCAGCUGCACCAGCAGCAGCAGCUGCAACAACCGCAAUGGCAACAGCAGCAGCAGCAGCAGCAGCUGCUGCAUGGCCAGGGUUUCAGCGCCGCACGCGGCGCCGGGCAGGAGGCGGCGGGUUCGAUGUGCCGGCCGCACUCGCCCGAACACCUGCAGCACCUGCAGCAGCAGCAACAGCAGCAGCAGCAGCAGCAAUACCCGCACCAGCACCAGCACCACCAACAGCACCCGCAGCAGCAUCUGCAACCGGCGCAGCGGCCCGCAUCCGGGACGUCCUCCGCCGCCGCCUCCUCCGCCGCCGGCUCCGGCACCGGCACCGGCGCGGCGCCCAUGACCACAGACGCGCCACCGCCGCCAUCCCAGCAGCACCUGCAGCAGCAGCAGCAGCAAGCGCAGCAGCAGAUGCGCGGCAGCGGCAGCGGACUGCACAUGGCCCGCAAGCGCAUGUCGCCGCUCGCCGCGCUGCGCCCCUCCCGCGGGCGCGCGCUGUGCCAUGCGCUCCUGCAAGGCGUCGCCGGCACCGGCUCCGCCGGUGACGUCAGCUACGGCGGCUGCGGCGGCGGCGGCACCAGCGGCGGCGGCGCCGCGGACAUGGACGACCUAGAUAUGGAUCUGGAUUUGGAUUCCAGUCGGGCGCUGCGGCACUGCGAGAGCGAUAAGGUACGGCGGCUGGAUCCAGGGGAUUUCAUGACCAGCAGCCCCGUCACUGGCGGUGGCAGCGCCAGCGGCAGUGGCGGCGGCAUCCAGGCGGCGGCGGCGGUGGGCCUGCCGGCAGGCGGCGGCGCCGGCGCGCCGUACGUUCGAGGCGCCAGCGUUAGCGGCAGUGGCGCCGCCGAGUUAGAGGCGGCAGCUGUGGCCACGGCGUCGCAGCUGCGGCGGCGGAACGCCAGCGCUAUGGGCGGCUUUGAGAACGGCGGCGGCGGCGGCGGCGGCGGCGCCAAUAGCGCCGGUGGCGGCGGCGGCGGCCAAAUGCCGCGGUCGCCGCUAGGACUGGAGCCGGUCCACGCGCAGUCCGUUACGGGCUACGAGCAGGGUGGCAGCGGCACUCGCAGCGGAAACGGCAGCGCCUGCGGCGGCAUAAAGGCCAUGGGACGCCACUCCUUCAACUCCCGGGCUCAUGCUUACGGAGGGGGCGGCGGCGGCAAGGGCCCGACGUUUACCGGCGGCAUGGGCCCGGGCCCCGAGACCGGGGCUGUAGCAGACGUGCCCUUGCCGAACUGUGGCAGUGGCGAGGACUGCGGUGACGACGGCCGCGCCGCCGUUGUCGAGCAGGGCCACUCGGGCCAUUUGCGCGGCGCGGCGGCGGCGGCGGCCGGGCAUGGCGGCGGCGGCGUCAUGCGCCGCCGCCAGUACGCGAGCUGCGACGGCCGAGCGGAGUGGCCGCUACGCUUCGCGCCGUCGCCACUGCCGACGUCGGGCGCCGGCAUGGGCGCGCAGACAGAGGAGCUGGAGGCGGCACAGCCGCAGCAGCAGCAGCAUCAAAGUCCGGCGUGGGGGCCGUCGCGCAUGGCUAGCUGUGGUAGCGGCGAGCUUGGGCCCUAUGCUGGGGGCCCGGGGCGUGGCGGCGGCGCUGAGGGGCCUGGCCGGGCGGGCCUUGAAACAGCGCCGGCGGCCGUGGGCGGCGGCGGCAGCAGACAGGCGCGGAUGGGUGCCCUGAUGCACUGGAUGCACAUGGUGGAGUCCCAGCGGCAUGUUGCAGUCAACAGUGCCGACGGUGCCGCAGCUGGCGGCGCCGGUGCCGGCGGCGCGGGGCAAGCGCCUGUGUCGGCGCAGCCGCAGCCGCAGCCGCAGCCGCUGGGGCCGCUGGGGCCGGCGCCGCCGAGCCGACCUUAUGACCAGGCAGCCAUUGCGGCGGCCGCAGCCGCGGCAGCGAGCGCGGCGGUGCGGCAGAUGGGGAUGUCGACAGGUGAUGGCCGCGGACCUACACCGGGCCUGGCGCAGGCGCAGGCGCAAGCGCAGGCGUACACGGGCGCGACCGCGGGGUGGCUGCCGGCUUACGGCCCGCCCGCGUCGGAGGCCGGACAAUCACCGUUCCAGCAGCAAGGGCAGCAGCAACCGCACCCGCAGCAGCAGAGGCCGGGCCCUGGCGUCGGGCCGGGCGGCAGCUAUGCGGGUGCACAGCACCAGCACCAGCAGCAGCACCAGCACCAGCACCAGCACCAGCACCAGCACCAGCAGCAACAGCACGCGCUACAAGGCGCUUUCCCUCACGACCCUUCAGCCACGGCGGCAGCAGGGGCGUGCGGCGCCGAUGGCGGCGGCGGCGGCAGCGUGGCGGCAGCCGGCUUCGCUGUCCGGCCCUCCGCCUUCGGGUCUGCGGUGCCUGUUGGGCUCCUGAGCGGUCCCGUCAGCGGCAGCGGUGGCGGUGGCGACGGCGGCAGGCCGUUUGUGGUGGCGCGGAUGUCAGAGGACCUGCAAAUGACUGGACCCGCAGCAGGCGCCGUCAGUCGUCGCGGCCACAGCAUGACGGGCGGGCUGAGCGAGGACCUCAACAGCGGCGUGGCCGGCGCCACCCCCGGCGGCGGCGGCGGCGGCGACGCCGGCACCCCCGGCGGCGGCGGCGGCAGUAGCAUGUACAACGCGCCCACGCCCAUGAGCGCGCCGCAGCCGCUACAGCCGCCACAGCAGCAACCGCUACAGCCGCUACAGCCGUAUCAGCAGCCGCUGCAGCCACAGCAGGUUGCGUUCUCGCCGCCGCAGGGCCCCGUGUCCGGCGGCGGCGCGCACACCACGAUCAGCCGGGCCGCCAGUGCUGGCGUCGCCGCCGGCUUGGGGCCGCUUCCGUCGCCCACCAUGUCCAUGUCCCUUGACACAGCCAUGCCUGAUGACGGCGGCGGGACCACGGCCGGCGGUGGCGAGGUGCUGCUUCCGCCGGCCCGCCAGCGCAGCAUGCACGUCAGCAGCUCCGGCGGCCUGCAGUUGCAGCUGCAGCCACUGCCACUGCCGCCGCUGCAGCAGCAGCAGCAGCAGCUGCUGCUGCAGCCGCAACCGAUGGCGGUGGUGGUGCAGGAGGCCGCAGCUGCCGUCACGGCGCCUGUUGCAGCGUUCAGCGGCGGGUACGGCCGCGGCUUCGGAGCAGGCGUCGGCGGCGGCGGAAGCAGGGGCUUUGAAAACGCCGCGCAAUUGCCUGUUCCCGGGCGCAGCAGCCGUAGCGCCGGCGGCGCGCCCCUGACUUCCGCCCGCAGUGCUGGUGGCGACUUUGCUGCAGGCGGCGGCAGGGCGCUGACCCCGCCGCAGCAACAGCUGCUGCAGGAGCGGCUGCAGCAGCAGCAGCAGCAGCAGGAGCGGCAAGAGAGGCUAGAGCAAGUGGAGAGGCUGCAGCGAGAGCGGUUCAUGCAGGAGCGCUUGCAGUCGGGGCAGCACGUUGGCGGCGGCACAGGGCUUGAAAAUUCGGAUAGUCCAGGUCGCGUUCUGAAUUCAUUGGGGCCGCAGCAGCUAGAGCGGAUGCAGCAGCAGCAGCAGCAGCAGCAACAGCAGGAGCGGCUGUUGCAGGCGCGGCAGGAGAGGCUUUCGCAGGCACGUGCGCAGAUGCAAAUGGCCGGUGCAGCGGCCGGCCCGGGCAUGGGCAUGGGGGCUAGGGACAGCGACCACCCCGGCGCGUUGCCGCUGCAGCAGCACUCGCAGCAAGUGGGGCAGCAGGGGCAGCAGCAAUGGCAACAGCAACAGCAGCAGCAAGGCGGGCCGCAGGGGCCGGCCGCAGCGCAUUGGCGGGAGCUGGCCCCGGGCUACGGCGGCGGCGCCAGCUACGGUCCCAACGGCAGCAAGCCGCAACACCAGCAACAGCUACAGCCUCAGCAACAGCAGCAGCAGCAGCAGCAGCGGCCGUUCGGCAAUGUGCCUGCACAAGAUGACCGCCGCGUUGAGCAAUGGCAGCAGCAGCCGGCGGCGGCGGCCGCGCCCAACGCGGUUGCAGCCGUGUACGACCAAUGGCACCAUGGCGGCGGCGGCGGCGGCGGCCCUGGCGGCGGCGGCAGCCGCAGGAGCUUGGACCCGGGCGACCGAUCCGCACAUGCUGGGUACAGUGGCGGCGGAGGCGGAGGCGGAGGCGGAGGCGGCAUGCAGGAGGCGGCGAUGGGUGGCCCCCUGGGCGCGUUGGCUCGCGAGGGCGUACCCACAGCUGGCGGCGGCGGUAACGGCGGCGGCGGCAGCAACAGCGAGCUGCUGAUGCAGCUGCGGCUGCCGCCGGGCGCGGAGCCAGCCGCCGGCAGCAGCGGCACCGGCACCGGCAUGCACGCCUCCGGAGACGGCGCAAGCGCGGGCGGCGCGUGGCAGGGCGGCGGCGGCGGUGCCGGCCUGAGCCGCCUGCACCCGCACCGGCAGCAGCAGCUGCAGCAGCUGCAGCAGCAGGCGCGGGAGGUGAUGGCCGCGCGGAGGGCGCAGCUGCAGCGGCAGAGCGUCGACGGCGACCGGCCAUCGUCUGCGGCGGCGCCUGGCGCUGCUGGGGCGCCGUGGGGGCAGCAGCAGCCGCAACAAAUGCAGGGGCAGCGGCAGCAGCGGCAGCAGCAGCAGCAGCAGCACUUGCAGAUGCAGCAGGCACAGCUCAUGCAGGCACAGCAGGGGCAGCCGCUGGGGCCAGACGCUCAGCACCACCACAUGCGGCACGGCGGCGGCACGGCCAGUGGGAUGGAGAUGGAGGACGGCGGCGGGCAGCGCUGGCGCGAGGGCGGCCGCGGCGGGCAGGCUGCCAUGCCGAUGGCGAUGGGGGCGGCUCCCGGCCAGUUCGCUGCUACGGCGGCGGCUUAUGGAGGUGGCGCUGGCGGCGGAGGCGGUGGGUACGGCGCAUCGGGCGUGGGGCCGCACGACGUGCGUGGCCGCGUGCAGUCCGCCGGCGCCGAGCUGCAGGCCACCGACCGCAGUUGUGCUUAUGGAGGCGGAGGCGGCGACUGGGGCCCUGGCCGGGGUGCAGAAUGGGGGCCCGGUCGCGAGAUGCCUCAGCAGCAGCAGCAGCAGCAGCAGCAGCAGCAGCAGCAGCAGCAGCAGCAGCUGUACCUGCAGUCACGGCAGUACAUGCAGUCGCAGCAGAUGCAGCAGCAGGAAGCUGCCGGUGGCGGCACGGGCGAUUCUGGCGGCCGCUGGCCCGCCAAUGCCCGUGGCCAGUUCCAAACCCAGGUCCAAAACCAAAACCAGAUCCAAAGCCAGGGCAUGUGGGCGGAGGGCGGCGGCGGUGGAGGUGGAGAUGGAGGCAACCCUGCGGGGCCGCUGGCAGCAGUGGCACGCCAUGUCGCAAUGCCGGGCCAACAGCAGCAGGGCGGCACUGGGAACGGAGGUGAAUGGGGUCGGCGGCUGCAAGGGCAGGGCGGCGCUUCAUUCGGCCCCCGCACUGGGCAGCUGCAGGCGGCAAAUGCGCUGCCGCAGCGCAUGCCUGCGCAGCAGGAGUACCCGCAGCAGCAGGGGCAACAGCAGCGCUUGCUGCAGCAGCAACAGCUGCAGGGGCAGGGGCAGAGGCAGCAGGGGCAGGGCGUGGCGUACCCGGCGCCUGAGCAACAGCGGCGGCAGCAGGCAUAUCCCAACCAACAGCCACAGCAGCCGUACCCCAACCAACAGACGCAGUCGCACCCACAGCAGCAGUCGCAGCCGUACGGGGCCGGCCCCAAUGCCGCUGCUAGUGGCAGCUAUGGUGGCGGCGGCGGCGGCGGCAGUGGCUAUAACGGCGGCGGCAAUGGCAUGGCGUCGUGGACUGGCGGCGCGGCGGGUCCAGGGCCGGCGCCAGCGGGUCAGGCUCCGGCUCAGGGCCCGCUGGGGGCCCUUGCGCCCGGCCGCUUCGGCGGUGGCGGCGGCUUUGCAGCGGGAUCCGCACAUGGCAGCGGUACCGGGCCGGGGCAGCAGCAGCAGCAGCAGCAGCAGGCGGCAGCCGGCGGCCGGGGAGGCGGCUACGCCGCUGGCGAGUACGUCGGCGGCGGGUGGGUCGGCGGCGGCGGCGGCGCAGGGAUGCUGCAAGGCGGGGGUGGAGGCGGCGGCGUAGGAGGCGGAGCAGGCGGUGGCGGUGUCGGAGGCCCGCAGGUCUACGGCAUGCGAGACGUGGACAUGAUGGGUGCGGCGGCGGGGCCGGGGCCCGGCGGCCGCGGCCCUGAUGCCCGGUACUGCUAGGGCGCGCGCGAACGAUUGAUUGAUUGGUUGAUUGAGGGUUGGAUUCAGGUCUAAGCUGGGCUAGAGACCGGGCUGGUUUGGUCUGGCCUGGCCUGGUCUGGUGCGUCAAUGCACCGGGUAUGCGGCCGUGCGGUUGCCCUGCGUCUUGGCACUGCGUCUUGGCACUGCGUCUUGGCACUGCACCAAGUGAAUCAAGAGAUGCCUUUCAUAACCCGUCAACGACACUGCGUGCACGCGCGUGGCGCCGCGCCUGGCUCCAUCUGGCGGUCCGUUGUGCGCCCGACAUGAUUUGUGUUGUCGGAUGUCAUGCGAAUACGAUUGAGGACGCGGCAUUUGCCCAGGCGCAUCGGGUACCGCAGCAGAUGAACAAUGGCAUAUUUAAGGAUUGCGUGCGUUGUCAUGAACAUAUGCGUGACGCCAUGCUGGGGGAGGCUGUGGGUGGGGCGGCUGGCUGUUGUGACGUACGGUAUGCCGAUAGCUGCAACCGGUGCGCCUUGAAAGAACGGAAGCGAGCUCGGGCCAGAAAACACGGCCAGGUUUGCAAUAUAGAAUAGGACACCAAGAAGUGCUACGAUGGACGAUGCUGCGUUAGCUUUGCCAAUGCUGCAGGAUGCUGUUUCGUUUGUCGAAUGUGUGUGUGUGUGUGUGUGUGUGUGUGCGUGUGUGCGCGCGUGCGCGUGUGUCCAUGCGUCUCGUUUGUCCAAUAUGGGUGCGCAUCCUCUGGGGGUGCAGCAGCCGCGCCUUGCAGCGCUGACAGCCGAGCUGGGCUCUGUAUCCGCGACUUAAGUAUGCAGGCUUUUCGAUGAUGUGCAGGUCAUACGGGCAGUGUGUUGCAGUGUCCGUUGAGGCAGAGACGUGAGGUUGUGCGUUGUGGGGGCACCUGUGGCGUGUCCAUAUGGUGGCAUUGCUGUCUUGCGUGUGCGUUUCACGCAAUAGGGCAUUCGUCCGGGCGCGCGGCCAUGCUUUGCUGUGCCGGGCGGCGUGCGCGCCCGAGUUCAUGUUAUGUUUAAGGGAAGGAAAGCACGCGUAUGUAUUGUGUGGGCGCGGCUCGGGAAACUCCAUCGUCAUAAUGGUCUCGUGCCCACUUUUUUAUUGGGGCUUGCCUUUGCGAUCCAGAUGACUAAGCACUGUGCGACAUUGCCAUUUCGAUCAAGGCAGGCGAGGUCAAACGCUGCGGCCUGAGGUGUGCAUUCGGUGGCUAUGAAACAUGGGUGAGAUGCAAAGGGUAAUACAAAGCAUACCGUGUGACAUCCCCGUGUGCAGGUCAACCGGUGCGUUUCCGGGAUGGCGUGCGCGCAAGAAGCAAUCUACUGAAAUGCGGGGCACCUGCAUGCCGUGUGUUGACUCGGGUGCUGCGGAGGCGCCUAUCUCACGGAUGAUGUGGGAGCAUGCGCGGUAGCCCGGCCCCCAAGCGUGAUCAUCGCCUGUUCUUGAGAUGUGUCGUAAAUCGUAAUGCUCGGAGGAAAAGCACCUCCGCUUUCGAGGUGUUGCUUAUAUGUGGCAGCGGGACAUGUGUGUUCAAUUUUGCCAAGGGGGGGCGGGUGAGCUGCGCACCUAGUGCGUGUCUGCAAGGUCGCGACUGCAUCUCUGACACGCCUGCUGGUGUGUUGAAUGCAAGGGGCUGUGUUGAUGCGAGGAAGGGGGCUGGUGUGGUGGAAGACAGGUGCCGACCGAGUGGAUGCAGGCAGAACAGCGGUAGGAGUGAGCUGAAAGCUUUAGACGCGCGGCCUCAGGAGCGUAGUCGGAAAGUCGGUGUAUAGCUGCAUUCUGCGUGCGUGGCAUGGACCAUGCAAGGUGAGGUGGCCUGAAGAAGGCACCAAACAAACGGCACGGCGGCGACAGAGGCAUUUGAGGUCGUGUGUGAGCAUGGUAAGGCCAGGUGUGUGCUGGGCCGGAGCGCAGGAGCAGCGCAGCGCGAGUGCGGAGGACGGAGCGCCACGACUGCUGGCGACAAGGGCUAGCGGGCCACAGGGUAAAAGGGUAUUUGGAAGGUGGGGUUCCGUAAUUUUCCAGAUGACCGGUGGUUCGUUACUCGUACAUUCGUAGUCAUCACAUGUCAUCACUACCUGCCCCCGUCACAAGCACAGCAGGCACACACCUUGCCAUGCUAUUCUCGCCAGCAAAGAACGUAAACCAGGCAGCGGCCGGGCCCAGGGGAGGCCUUUGACUUCCAUGACAAGUGUUCCCCGGUCAGGGGGGGGUAGUUUCGACUGGGAAAGGCCCCAUGUUCUAAAACGAAAGCGCUUGACGAGAGGAUACCAAAUCCA